GGGCGCAGAGCUCGGAGCCGGGCGGCGCGGCGGCGGCGUGCCAUGGCGGGCUGCUGCGCGGCGCUGGCCCCCUUCCUGUUCGAGUACGACACGCCGCGCAUCGUGCUCAUCCGCAGCCGUAAAGUGGGGCUCAUGAACCGGGCCGUGCAGCUGCUCAUCCUGGCCUACGUCAUCGGGUGGGUGUUUGUGUGGGAAAAAGGCUACCAGGAAACAGAUUCUGUGGUCAGCUCAGUUACUACCAAAGCCAAAGGCGUGACUGUAACCAACACUUCGAUACUUGGAUUCCGGGUCUGGGAUGUGGCGGAUUAUGUGGUUCCAGUUCAGGAAGAAAACUCCCUCUUCAUCAUGACCAACAUGAUCAUUACCUUGAACCAGACCCAGGGCCUCUGUCCUGAGCUUCCAGAUAAGACCACUGUGUGUAAAUCAGAUGCCAACUGUGUUGCUGGCUCUUCAGGCACCCACAGCAAUGGAAUUGCAACAGGAAAAUGCGUGCUUUUCAAUGGGACUGUAAAGACAUGCGAGGUGGCAGCCUGGUGCCCAGUGGAGGACGACACACAUGUGCCAGAACCUGCUUUUCUAAAGGCUGCAGAAAACUUCACUCUUUUGGUUAAGAACAACAUCUGGUAUCCCAAAUUUAAUUUCAGCAAGAGGAAUAUUCUUCCGAACAUCACUACAACCUACCUCAAAUCGUGCAUUUAUGAUGCUGUAACAGAUCCCUUCUGCCCCAUAUUCCGUCUUGGCAAAAUAGUGGAGAGCGCAGGGCACAGCUUCCAAGACAUGGCCAUCGAGGGAGGCAUCAUGGGCAUUCAGAUCAACUGGAACUGCAACCUGGACAGAACCUCCUCCCUCUGCCUGCCCAGGUACUCCUUCCGCCGCCUGGACACCCGGGAUGUGGACCACAAUGUGUCCCCUGGUUACAAUUUCAGGUUUGCCAAGUACUACAGUGACCUGACUGGUGCUGAGCGCCGCACGCUCAUCAAGGCCUACGGCAUCCGCUUCGACAUCAUAGUGUUCGGAAAGGCUGGGAAAUUUGACAUCAUCCCCACCAUGAUCAACAUCGGCUCUGGUUUGGCGCUCUUAGGGGUGGCAACAGUGCUAUGUGACAUCAUUGUCCUCUACUGCAUGAAGAAAAGAUACUACUACCGGGAGAAGAAAUAUAAGUAUGUGGAGGAUUAUGAGCAGGGUCUUGGUGGAGAGAUGGACCAGUGAUGCUUACUCCAUACCUGGGCUCCCCACAGUCCUCAUCAGAGCACAGCACGGAGAAAAGGCUGCUAUGUCACCUCAGGGAAGGUUCCAGAGUCUGAGUCCAUCUCCAUUGCACAAGGACAUCAUGGUCACCCAGCUGUUUUGUGUGUAGGAUGUGCAGAGUAAACCACCCUGCACAGUGGGUUGCCUCAACUUGGGGAUGUUCAGGUGACCUCUGGCCCAAGGGCAGUGGUGAGUGCUACUGCCACUGCAGGGGCUGGGGCCUCACCUAGGGCCAGCCUUCCUCAGGGGCUCCCAGCUCCAGCUCCCUGCAAGACAGGCCCAGCUGUGGUCAGGCAGCCUUGUUCAAGCACUUUACAAGGGAAGGAAGGACAGCUAGGUGUGGUCACUAGACCUUGAGCACACCUGGGCUGCUGCUUCCCUCCCCCAUCCAUGCUGUCACAAGACAGAGUCUGUAUAUCCUCUGAAAGAAGAGGCAUAUUGAUGUGGUCGAGGACCAAACAUUAAAAUGAUUUUCUCAA